UCUUUGGGCAAAAAUACCGAGGAACUGAGCGAAUUGGAGGAUGGAGGAUACACGGCAUAGAUAAAUAGGCUUUCCCCCUCAGUUUGACCGCGAUCUUUGGCGAGAUUGUUGCAGGUUUCAGCUCCGAUUCAAAAUAUGCUGGCUAACAACAUGCAAUUUCUAGUGGGCUUUUUGGCCUUGUGCAUAUUCUUGGAUGCCAUCGUGGUGAUUUGUGCUAAUCCAGAGGAUGAUAUGCGAACUAAUCGCCGAGCAUCUCGUCGACAAAGGAGACGGAGACAAAGAAUUCUUCAACUUAUGCAAGCGGAUUCACCAAGUCUCAUGUUCUAUAAUCGAUUUAUCCCAUCGACAACUCCGUCCACAACUCAACCAACUCCAACUCAAGCUAUGAUGCAGUUUGAAAACAUGAUUGUGGAACAGAUUGGAACAACAUUCAACGUCACCCAGAACGAAAAUAAUCACGAGACGCUGGAGGAGUCGAAAAGUGAAAUUGACAUGCUCAUUGAUGUGUUGGAGACAUUGGAAAAUGAAGUGGAACCAGAGGAACUGUCUUCAUCCACUGGCCAGUCACCCAAGGAAGGAGAACUUCGUCUGGUAAAUGGACGAACCACACAUGAAGGAAAUAUUCAGAUUUUUCACAUGGGAGAAUGGGGAUCGAUUUGUGAUGAUGAGUGGGACGCCGUUGAAGCCAAGAUUGCUUGUAAAGAAUUGGGAUUCCCAGGAGCCAUUGGACCUACUCAUAGCUCUCAAUUUGGAUACAGUCUCAAGAGGAUUUGGAUGGACAAUAUGUAUUGCUAUGGCACAGAGACAUCCAUCACAGAUUGUCGGUUCGAUGGUUGGGGCAUCAACGAUUGUGAAUCUACGGAAGGCGGUGUUCGUUGCAAGGAACCUCUUCCGCCAACCACAGUUCCUCCCCCGACAACCACUCCCAAACCAAAAACGCCCAUUGCCGGGGCUCAUAAAGACAUUGAAGUGCGCAUUCGAGGAGGAAGAGUUCCGGAAGAGGGUCGCGUUGAGGUUCUCAUCGAAGGUCAAAAUCAAUGGAGGACCGUCUGUGGCGACGGUUGGGGCAUACCCGAAGCUAUGGUUGUAUGCCGGGAACUUGGGUUGAAAUACGCCUCCUCUGCCCCACAAACCUUCCAUUUUAGUCCAGCUCUAGAAAUCAGGAAUGGAACGAGCUCUGUUCCACAACCAGUGCUUACUGGUGUGUCUUGUAAAGGCAACGAGGAGUCUCUUUAUGAGUGUCAGCACGAUCUGGACAAUUUUUGUCCAGGAACAGGCAAGCUGGAUGUGGCUAGUGUAGUUUGUGUGGAAAACCAAUCCGAUUUGGAACCCGACAUAUACGAGCUCAUGAGCUCGGCCCAUCUAGAGGACAAACAACUGUUCUUCCUGCAAUGUGCCAUGGAAGAAAACUGCUUGGCCAGCGAAGCGUAUCGAUUGCAAAAACACCAUAGCGAUUAUGCCUUGCAAACCCGCCGACUCCUGAGGUUCACCACAAGCAUAGCUAACGUUGGAACAGCGGAUUUCCGUCCAUUUAUUCCAAAAUCACAAUGGGAUUGGCAUGCUUGCCACCAGCACUAUCACAGUAUGGAGUUGAGAACAAUGCCGCUAUCUGUGUUCUCAAUUAUGCUCAACAAUUUGCCACAAUCCGGAAUUGCACACUCACCAGACCAUGAAGGCCAUUGCGUUAGUAUCCAACUUGAGAGGCUUCGAGCCUUCAUCGAGAAUUGCUUUGGCCUCCCAAGGGCACUUUGUGCCAAUGAUCCUGCAAAUUGAAGUCUUUUCUCCGUUUAUCUUGCAUCCUACUUGUCUCUUUUAAGUCAAAAAAGAGUCUCAAAGAGACAAAUGCUGUUCAUCAGGGUGACCAAUGUUUGCGAUUGUAACAAGUGCAUGUCAGCGAUUAUUUAUUUCGAAUUCUACAUGAUGAUAUCUACAAAAAAUAUGAGCAAUAAUGUUAAAGAGAAUAUUGAUGAUGAUAGCGCCGAAUCGCCGAAUGCAAAGAGCCCUUGUUAGUUAGUCCUUCAUCUAAUUCAAUAAUCUAAUGAAAGCUUUCUUAGUGUUCAAGCCAGACGAAAAUUGAAUGAUAAUAUACGAGAGAUAUGCUAUGUGAA